AUGCCGGACAAGAGAGGUAGUAGACCCGAAUUCGAUCGAGCAUUAGACAAGCGCCCUGAUCCCGAAUGGCCAACCGCAUCCAUCCGUUCGUGGCAGACGAAGUUGGCAAUAGUCCCGUUGAUUGAUCAAUCUGAGGUCGAAAUCGGAUUAGCCAACUUGUCACUGCAGUGUCAUCCGAUGGAUAUGUGGAACUCCACUUGCUAUCAGACGAUAUUGUUGCCAACUUCUUGA